AUGAAUCGCUCUUGUGUAAAGCUUUGUAAAAAGAUGGUGGUCCAUCUCAAUUGUCUGUGCUGGGUAAGUAUAAAAACCACUGACACGCUGCAGCCACCACACUUAUAACCAAAACAACAGACAAGACGUAAACCUAGAACAGUACCAUCCCUCAAUAUGUCAAUUGAUCGCUGUUAAAAAGAAGGCAAUUACUUCACCAGUGGGUUAAAAAAGGAUUUAACAUUUUAAUUUAAGUAAUGAAAUUAUUGCAUUUUCUCCCUUUGAUAUUUAAACACAUUUACUGCCCUAAAUUAGAAGAUAGGUGGUUUUCAUUAGACAAGAAAACAGACUGCACAGAUUAGCAAGUACAAUGUGCAAUAUGAUAUUCAUGAUAAAACACUAUGUCACAGCUUCAGGUGAGCUACAAGGCUGCACGUUUACUUUCUGACAGCUUGGCACAUUUUGCACUUGACUUGUCAUGUUGUUUGUCUCUCCUGUCAAACCUGAAGUGUUCUCAAAAUUUGGAUUUGGAGUUUAGAGGUGGUGGAUAUACUCAUGUAGCUUCCACCAUGUUUUUAUUUCACUCAGCUUAAGACAUAACAUGGGUCUGACUUAAGAGGAACAGGAUAAAAAGAAACAAAUAAUAUGAAAUAACCGUAUUUCUCAUAAAAUGCACACAACUUCCCAUCUUGAAUUAACCAGACUUCACUGUUGCAGACAUCUGAUGACUAAUGGAUCUUUCCAUCCAACAUUACAUCCAUACACAAGACCUUCCAAUAUUACCAAUGCGCUUGUUUUGUUACCACACAUAUCUGUGUGUCUCUAUGGACCAGUUACUCUUCCCAUCCAUGAAGACGACUGAUGCCGCGAGCAAGUGUCAGCAUUUGCACUACUUGGUUUGGUUGCAUUCUCAGUUUCCUGCAUCAGUGAAAACCUUUAUAAUUGGGCCCUGCCAGCAUUUGAGAUACAAAGGUUCAUUAUUUUUUAUCAGGGCAGCGGCAGGAAGCAAACAACACUGUGGCGAAGGCUGAAGGGACAAAGCUGCAUGUAAUUAAAAAAAUAAAACAAGGCAUUGAUCUUAGAAAUUAAUCACAUGUUAAUUAUUUGCUGUCCACCAUUCAGUGAACUAUACCAAUUUGUACUGUUGAUUACUGUUUUAUUUAAAUGAAUUUCAUUGCAUAACUUUAUUUAUUUAUGUGAGUUCUCUUUGGGUUUUCUAAUGUGAGAUUCAUUGUAUUGAUAUGGUUUGUCGUUCUGGUCUCUAAACAGAAAAUCAAAAAGUGCAAUUAAUGCCGUUCAGACACUAAAUGAUGUCCACAGAGAAUUAAGAGCUCUCGUCUCUCUCUUAUGUGCUGGAGCUGUGCGGUGCAUUUGUGGUGGCUUUUGGGGAGUUCCAGAUGAUCCACUCUAGGUUUGCCUCCCUCAUCCCGACCUUCUGGCCCAUCUACCCGGCGAACACUCUGGUGGUCACUGGUACCAUUGUUACCUGUGUGUGUUAUCUGGGAGUGUUGGGUGGCAUGAGGGAGAACCGCUGCAUGCUCAUCACUGUGAGUAUGAAAUAUGGUAUUAACUGUGAUCUACUGAGUUAAACAGCAUGCGGAAAAGGUUGUAUAGUUUAAAGUACUGCAUUCAAAUUUUGCUCUCUAUGCUUCAUAAUGUUAACAUUACGCCUGUGCCUUGUUAACACUUGGCAGUAUAAAGUCUCUAUGAUAUUUUAAUCUGACCUAAGUCCUAACUCUCCCAAAAUAUGACAAAGUAUUAUGAUAAGAUGAUUAGUCCAUUGUGUCAAAUUACAUUCAUAGUGAAACUGUCAACUUCAGCGCGUAUAAUGAUGCUCUAUUACAGUUCAGAUGUAAUUAUCUCCACUCAGGGAAAAUAAAAGUGGUAGAGCAGAAUAAAGUCAUCACAUAUUUUUAAUUUAACUCUCAGGGGUGACAUAGAGCUGACAUGAAACAGCUGGUAAACACUCUGCUUCUCCUCCUGCAAAUUAUCCCAUCUUUCAAAAUGUAACACCAUAAUAACAACCAAUACUUUAGAGGGGACUUUACCUCUACUCAGGGCAAGAUGUAAGAUUUAAAAUGUAACUAAUGCUAACGUUGCAACUGCAUCAGAUGGUGGGACCCCUAAAGCAUUAGUAGAGUGUGAACUCAGUCCCUCUGUAAAUUAGAAAUUAUGUUAUUAACGACUGCUUCCCAGAGCGGUUAAUCUCCAAGUUUAGGUGCUGUCCUUUUCUCUCACGCUGCAGAUGAAAUGGACCUGCCAGUCUCAGCGGUUCAAUCUGUCUGCACGUCUGUUUUCCAUGAUUGUUGAUCAAGGUGUUAAAUGGAUUUUAUUCAUGGACUCACAUUUAUGGUGGUGAUAAGGUAGUUUGUGUGCAGUGCCGAGUCGUGAUCUAGGCAGGGAUAAAAUUAAUAGAUCUUAAAAACAAGAAGUGCAUGGGGCGAUCCAAAAUACACGUGACAGAAAACUCUCCUGUGUUUGAAUCUGAUCCAGUUCUUCAUCUUGAUGGUCAUCCUAAUGAUGGUAGAGCUGGCCAUGGCCCUUGUGUUCCUGAUCUACAGCAGAGAGGUAGGAGAGUUCAGAUCUAACAUGUUGGUUAAGUUGUUUACUAGGAUGAAUAUGCAAAUACUGAUGCUGGUUUGUGUUUGUGGUGCAGAUUGACACAUACUUUGAGAAAGAUUUGAAGAGAAGCCUGGAGAUCUAUAGACAAUCCAGUCCAGAAGGAAACAGGACCAUUAAAGCUGACUUUGAUGCCGUCCAGCACCUGGUGAGUGAUCCACCACUCUGUUUCCCUGUCUACAAAAACAAUAUUCACUCACAUUUUAAAUAUAUAUCGCCCUCAUCUUCAAUAAUUGAUCAUUUUAUUAAAAUGUUGUUUUUUUUUGUACAGUUUAGGUGUUGUGGAGUUCACGGUGUGACAGAUUGGAAGGGCAAGAUUCCUGUCUCUUGUUGUGCCAAGGAUCCAUGUAACACCCCUUUUCACACCAACUGGCAAGAGGUUAUUAAUUAUCUGCAACCACUUGACUGUAAACAAACCUGAUAUACUGAGAGGUCUCCACAUAAACACACACAUACACACGACCAUCUGUAGUGGCAUUUGAAGCAACUCAGAGCUGAGACAAAACAAGUCAAAGGAUCUAAAAACAAAGUUCGUAAAUUUACUAAUUUUAUUCUUCACAGCAGCAGACCAAGUUGGAAUAUGUUUUUUUUUUCGUUUACACAUUAGAUAUCGAUGAAUUUUGUUUAUGAUCUCCACCAUUUUUUUUUUUUUUUUGUUAUAAGAAAUGGCAAAACCUGACCUACCAACCUAAGUGUCCUUUUAAUCCUAUAGUCCCUGUGGUGUUGAAUCAAACCAAUCAAUUCCUACUUCAUGCCCCCAACAGUGACCCAAGAAAGAUUCUGAGAUCUUGUCCUCUUAAAAUGGUUAUUCUGGUAUUAAAUGUAAUCUUUCUUGUCUUUUAGGGAUGUGUAGACAAACUGAAGAACUGGUUUGCAGGAAACUAUCUCAGUACAGGCGCCGGUGUUGUCACAAUGUUUAUCAUACAGGUAGAGUAAACCCAGUUUACAGCCCAGGCUCAAAAGCUCAAAAAUACCGUAAGCCAACAUAUAUUCACAUUAUAUGUGCUCUCUCUUCACAGGUUAUUUGUCUGAGUAUCACCAUCCCUCUCUUUUGCCACUUCAAGAGACGUGGACUGGGUUACCAAUGA